UUCGCAGGUCGGAGUUCACCAAAUUUGAACUUUGGAACGCAGCGUAAUGCGAAACUUCUUCGCAUGAAUCUUGCGUUUCCGGUGUCCAGCGUCCAUAUGAGUAUGAAUGGAAGUCAGUGGAACGAGAAGUGUAGAGUGACCGCCCCUUGAGGUCUGAAGAUGCUUGGUGUUGGACCUCUUGCCGGUUAUAGGACAUCGUGGCGCAUGCUGAGAAUCACUCCACAUGCCAGCCAAAAUCCAUGCCCUUAUGACUUGUUACAUUAUAUAUCGAGGGUGUAUAGCUGUUACACACUACACACAAAGAAGUGUCAAAAUAUGAAACAUGCACAUUUCAAGAGUCCUCAUUCUGGAGCGCUUCUGCCACAAUCAUUUGAGCAGCAGCGAGCUACAUUUUCUCAGGACAAUACCCAACCUCCAAAGUCUAGUUUCUCAGCCAGGAUAAAGCUCCGAACACGACUGGCCAUGACAUUACUUGUUGGAGGUGCUAUAAUUGGUACCUGGUGGUAUGUGCAUGAGGAAAAACAGCAGAAGCUACAGGUGCAGAGGAUAGAGCAGUUGAGGAAAGUGGCGAUAGGCCAAGGAGACUUCUGCUUGCUGGACCACACCGGUCAGCGAUGGACCAAAAAGGACUUCUUGGGGCAGUGGGUGCUCAUGUACUUCGGCUUCACGCACUGCCCUGAUAUCUGCCCUGAUGAGCUGGAAAAGAUGAGCAGUGUCGUAAAGCUGCUGGAUGAGUCAAACCUGCCCCAUGUGCAGCCAUUGUUUAUAACUGUUGAUCCUGAAAGAGAUGAUGUGGCUGCCAUGGCCAAGUACAUCAGAGAUUUCCACCCACGCCUGAUCGGAUUGACGGGCACACCUGAGGAGGUAAAAGAAGCUGGACGGGCUUACCGGGUUUAUGCAAGCGCUGGACCCAAGGAUGAAGAUGGAGAUUAUAUCGUGGACCACACCAUCCUUAUAUAUCUCGUUAAUCCAGAUGGCCUUUUCCUGGACUAUUAUAACCGAAUGAAAGAUGCCACGCAGAUUGCUGACAGCAUUCAUCAGCAUAUGAAGAAUUAUGUGACGUUAUUCCCUGACCAGCGUUAAGUGUGAUACAGGAAGAUUUGAUCACAUAUUGCAAACUAAAGUGUACCUGGAUAUGAGAGAUGGACUAGGCACUGAGUAAAUAAGCAGCAAAUAGAAACAGGCUAAAGACAAGUUAAAUUUAAAUAGGGCUGACAUUUUUAAAAUGUGCCACUGAUCAACUUAAAUAUUUAUGCUGGUCUUUUUUUUUUU